GUAAUUCUCUGUGCUCAGCCUAAAAAUCUGAAGUAACUUUGAAGCCGUGAACCUACUCCUGUGUCCUGCUUUUGCUUGUCAGCUGCAUCGUCUGUGAGGGCAUCAGGUUCUGCUCUGUCCAUCUUUUCAGGAGGAGAUCCCCCUGCAGUUAAGACUGGAGCUCAUCUCACUUUUCACCAUGAGGAGCCUGUAUGUGUCUAUAGUUCUGCUGCAGCUCAUUGGGACUUCUUUAUGCCAAUUCCCUCGCCCCUGUGCCAACUCAGAGGGACUACGGACCAAAGAGUGUUGCCCUGUGUGGGAUGGUGAUGGCUCAGCUUGUGGCGCCCUGUCAGGUCGUGGUUUUUGCACUGAGGUGGAGGUCUCAGAGGAGCCCUAUGGGCCCCAGUACCCACACAGUGGAAUCGAUGACAGAGAACGUUGGCCUUUAGCUUUCUUCAACCGGACGUGUCGUUGCGCUGGAAACUAUGGAGGCUUUGACUGUGGUGAAUGCAAGUUUGGUUACUGGGGUUCAAACUGUGCCGAGUACAGGGAAUCCGUGCGCAGGAACAUCAUGACCCUGUCAGCUGCAGAGCAACAGAAGUUUAUCUCUUAUCUCAACCUGGCCAAGAACACCAUCAGCCGUGACUAUGUGAUCUCCACAGCAACGAGAGCAGAGAUGGGUGAAAAUGGUGAGAACCCCAUGUUCUCUGACAUCAACACCUAUGACCUGUUUGUCUGGAUGCAUUACUACGUGUCCCGGGACGCCUUCCUGGGUGGGCCAGGGAACGUAUGGAGAGACAUAGACUUUGCCCAUGAAUCUGCAGCGUUUCUUCCGUGGCACCGUGUCUACCUGCUUCACUGGGAGAAUGAGAUAAGGAAGCUGACGGGAGAUUUCAACUUCACCAUACCAUACUGGGACUGGAGGGAUGCCCAGUCCUGUGAGGUGUGCACCGAUGCUCUGAUGGGUGGCCGCAGCUCCUUCACUCCUAACCUCAUCAGUCCUGCUUCAGUCUUCUCCUCAUGGAAGGUGAUCUGCACCCAGCCAGAGGAGUACAACAACCGAGAGGCUUUGUGUAAUGCUACCGGGGAGGGUCCGCUGUUGCGUAACCCAGGCAAUCAUGAUCCAAACCGCGUGCCACGACUCCCCACAACAGCUGAUGUGGAGCUUGUUGUAGGCCUCUCGGAGUACGAGACGGAACCCAUGGACCGAUUCGCCAACAUGAGCUUUAGAAACGCAAUAGAGGGUUUUGCUGAUCCAGAGACGGGUUUUGCAGUGCCAGGCCAGAGCACCAUGCACAACGCCUUGCACCUCUUCAUGAACGGCUCCAUGUCCUCAGUGCAGGGUUCAGCCAAUGACCCCAUAUUUCUGCUGCACCAUGCUUUCAUCGACAGCAUCUAUGAGCGGUGGCUCAGGAGACACCAGCCUCUCCGGACCAGUUACCCACGUGCCAAUGCCCCCAUUGGUCACAAUGAUGGUUACUACAUGGUGCCCUUCCUGCCUCUCUAUAGAAAUGGAGACUACUUCCUGUCCAACAAGGUUCUAGGAUAUGAGUACGCUUAUCUUUUGGACCCUGGCCAGAGGUUUGUUCAGGAGUUCCUGACGCCUUACCUCCAGCAGGCCCAGCAGAUCUGGCAGUGGCUCCUGGGAGCCGGGAUCCUCGGGGCGCUGAUCGCCACAGUCAUCGUUGCACUGCUUGUUGUUGCAAGAAGGAAGUGGAAGCGCAGCCAGAGAAGGAAGAGGGCGUCAAGCUAUGGAGAGAGACAGCCACUACUGCAAAGCAGCUCAGAGGAAGGCUCAUCUUCGUAUCAGACCACUCUGUAACACUCACAGAUAACCUGCAUACAGCUGUAUAUGAAAGAACAAAAUAUUAGGGACACUUGCAUGAAGAAACUGAAUGACAUGAAUCUUUUCACAAGACUAUAUUGGUUUGUCUGAUGUCCCAAAAUAAAUUAAUUUCAAUUUUAAAGUAACAGAUGAAGAUACAGAUGGGUUAAUGAAGCAUGUUUAAAAGGAAAACAUAAUUUCCCAUCAUUGUAUCUAGAAGGUAGUCGUGUGUGGUGUCCUUACCUUUGUGAUAUUUAAUGCUGUGACUUGUUCCCCCUCUGUGCAGUUAAGGUGAAGCAAAUUUCAUUUGUGGUUAUCAUAGCACUGAAAAGUCUCAGUAACAUCACUUCAAGUGUAUCUCAGAUAUGUUAAGGAGAUUUAAAAGGUGAUUGUGGGUGAGGAG